AUGGGGUCGGCCUUGGGCUUCGCCAGCCUCACGCUCAGGUGCCGGCUCUUCCACAGGGCCCCGUGGAGCACGGCCAUGGCUCGGUCCCGCUCCUCCUCGCUCUUGAACGUUACGAACGCAAACGUCUGCUUCCCGAAAAGUUUGAUCUUAUGCGGGCUGAGCCCGUAUUUGGCGAGAAAUUUUUUCACGUCGUUAAAGCCGAUGUACUUGGGCAGGUUUUGUAUUUCCACUUUAUAGAUCUCGGAGGAAACACAUGAGGAGCAUGAUACUUCAACUGAAAAUGCAGAUGAUUCCAACCAUGAUCCUCAGUUUGAACCCAUAGUUUCACUUCCUGAGCAAGAAAUAAAGACUCUAGAAGAGGAUGAGGAAGAACUUUUUAAGAUGCGAGCAAAGCUGUUCCGAUUUGCAUCUGAAAAUGACCUUCCUGAAUGGAAAGAACGAGGAACUGGUGAUGUAAAACUCCUGAAGCACAAGGAGAAGGGAACAAUUCGCCUCCUCAUGAGGAGGGAUAAAACCCUAAAAAUCUGUGCAAACCAUUAUAUCACACCCUUGAUGGAGCUGAAGCCUAAUGCUGGGAGUGACAGGGCAUGGGUCUGGAACACACAUGCUGACUUUGCAGAUGAAAGCCCUAAGCCCGAACUUCUGGCAAUCCGCUUUCUAAACGCAGAGAAUGCACAGAAAUUCAAGGCAAAAUUUGAAGAAUGCAGAAAUGAGGUAGACAAGAGAGCAAAGAAGGCAGGCACAGACAAAAAUGAUAGCGCUGAUAAAGUUGCUGAAAAACUAGAAGAGCUUUCUGUAAAGGAGGAGAGUAAAGAAUCUGAGAAGAAAGAGACCAAGGAAAAAACUGAAGAAAAGCAAUAAAUCAUCCUGGGCCUUGUGGUUUUUCCUUUACCUUUUUUUUUCUUUUCCUUUUUUUAAUUUUUACAAGGGACUUUAUAAGAAACUGAAUUCAAUGUUCAGAUUGUUUUUUCUAAGCUUUUGCCCUUUUGAAGAUGUCUUCAGAAAAUCCAUUCCCCAGUCAUGAAAAUGUACUGUGCUAACUUUCUUUUCCAUAGUGGAAACACUUAUUUAUAGUCAUCCAAAAGAGUGAAUAAAACAAACUUGAAAACAGCA